CGGGAUUUUCCCCCCACCCGGAAAGGGCCGAGUAGUUGCGAUUGAAUUUCUUUAUCCGCAAACAUUCUUUCAGUCGUCAUGAAUUCGUAAAGAAGCAUGUGACACGGUUAGGAAUAUGUAAUUUGUAAUUAAAUGUGCAAAGCUUGGAAGAAAGGGGCGGCGAAGGGCAGAGUCUAUACUCCAAAUAUCUGUGGCACAAAUAUGACUGAUAAACCGUUUGAAGAGUUGGGAGCAGUUGGGGGGCUUCAUGACAGUAAAGAAGAGACUUCGGGAAUAAAUACGAAUUUCAAGUGUGAACCUUGUCUCUUUGAAAACAUUGAAAAAGAAGCAAGUACUUUUUGUAUGGAUUGUUCCGAGCAUUUAUGUGCUAGUUGUGCUCGUGAACAUAGAAAGAAUAAACUGUCAAGGGAUCAUAAGUUGUUCGAAGGUGAGGAUAUUUCAGAUAAAUUUACAACAAUUGCGAUAAUGAAAAAGAUGAUGCAUUGCCCAGAUCAUCCCGACACUGUUGUGAUGUAUAAAUGUGAAGAUCACGAAAAAUAUAUUUGCGUCACGUGUUUGGCAGAAUGUCACCGUAAAUGUUAUACGGUGAAUGAAAUCGCAAAAGCUAAAACCCCUGUAAAUGAGAACAUGCAUGCACGUGUAGAAGAGACAUUAUCUCAACUACAAGACACUGCAACAGCUUCAAAAAGGGAAUCAGAAGUAAAUAUUACCACUUAUAAGGAUCAGCUGUCUAGAGUUCAAUUACAACAACAAAGUCUUCUCAGCAGUAUUUAUGAAAAAUUGUCACAAGCAAAGGCCAAUCUUGAGUCCGAAACACUUAAUCUUGUCACAAAUGAAGUAAAUUAUCAUGAAAGGAAUUUAACGAAAUGUAAAGAAGCAGAUGUCGAAGGAGAACAAUUUAGGAAGGUAUUUGAAUUUGUUAUGGAAUCUGGGAACUCUGCUGAGAGGAGUGUUAUCCCUGAUCUUAUAUUGACCAGAGCAAAGGAUCUGCAUGAAACAAUCAAAGUAGAAAAUAUGACAGAAAAGUCACUCAUUUUUGAAACAACACUUGACAUGGAAACAAUCGGAAAUAUUGCAAACGUAUCAAUGGUUUCCGCAUCUCUGAAUGAACAACAAGGAGCAAACACUGAUGUAAGUGUGUCCAGCGACGAAAUCCCUCGACCAGUUCAUACACUAGAAGAAAAGGCAGAAUCAUCGGUGCAAAAAUGUCCACCAAAAUGUAAUGCCACGACGCAAACUGAUGAAGUGGCUUUGCAGAAUGCCCAUUUUGACACACCUGGUGACUCCAGCAGUUCCAAUAUUACACAAAAUCUUACUGAAAAUGUGAAAAUCCCCAGUUUGAUGAAUAGAAACGUAAAUCAGUUAGGAGUGUCUUAUAAAGUUCGAUGCUCAGGAGAUAAAGAACGUUGUUGUGUUAAUGCUCUAGAAAUUUUGCCUGACAAUCGAUUAAUUUUGACUGAUUACAACAACAAGAAACUAAAAAUCUUUAAAGAAACUUUUUCUCUAGUAUUUACAAAAGGACUUCGUGAUAACCCUAUAGACUUGUGUCAUGUAAAUGACAAGACAAUCGCAGUUUCUUUUUCUAAAUCAAUUGAAACGUAUGAUAUUGGAACAAAUAAUGCUCACAGAGUAGGCCAAUUUCCGACAAAAGUUAGGGUAUUUGGUGUUGAUAAAGUUGGAAAUGUCCAGGACAUUGCUGUUCUUUUUGAAGACAAUGAAAACCCAUUCCUACAAAUUAGAAAUGCGAUAACUGGUUGUAUAUUUAAGACAGUUAGUUUUGAAAGCUCACGUGGCGUCCCUUGUCAGUUUGGAGAGGAUGGAACUCUACGUAUGCUUUACAGAGGUACUGUUGCAAUUUUUAUUUCAGAAUUUGAAAAACUUCACUGUUACAAAAGUGCCAGCACUACUGGUUAUGCCGGUAAAAAUGAAAACGUUGUUCAAGAAUCUUGGUUCUACAAAAGCCGUGCUGGGAGCUAUUUGAAAUUUAUAUCAAAUUUGACAGCAGACGACGAAGGUAAUAUUUAUGUGUGCGGGCGUGAAUCUUACAAUGUACAUCAGAUUUCAAAAGAUGAUUACAGAACAAACAGAAUUUUAAUCAGCAACAUCAAAUUACCCUUGUCGGUUGGUGUGAAUAGCAAAAAAGGUUAUGUGGUUGUUGGUUGUGAUAAUGAUGAUUAUAUACAUGUAUAUAACUUUUGCUAGAUAGGUAAAUACUACUUUGAAAUGUGAAAUAUAUUUUUAAAGCUACAUGCCUCCAGAUGAGUCAAAAUAUUUCAAUAAAAUCAAACUUGAGAAAAAUGUACUAAGACGUAAGGAAAAUUAAAAAGUUUUAAGAUUUAAAUAAUAUUUUACAUAUGUGCGAUUAAUGACUGAUUUUUCAAAAUUUAUUUCAGUAAAGGCUAUUUAUGCAUAUUUUGACCACUUUUUGGUAUUUUUGAGAUUUGUAAGUGCCACUGAUAAUCUAUAUAUAUAUUGCUUCUUUUUGGUUGCUUCACAAUAUUACACAUUCAAAUACAUUUUCAAAAAUUUCACGAAAAUUAGCAUGAAUCUGGAGGCGUGUUGCUUUAAAUACAUUUGUCAAACAAUAACCAAUAACUCCAGCAAAAACUAGACUGUUUAUGAAUUCAGGACUAUAUACAGUAUUAGUGAAUUUGUUUGCAGUGUUUGAGAACAAUGCAUAAUUUACAAUAUACCGGUACAUGUAUUAAGUUGAUUUGCGUUCGCUUUCUUUAUCGUUUGUAAUAUAAACAAUCAGUACACUGGGUUUGCAAAUUGUGAAAACACUUUGUUCCGAAUAUUUAAUGUACAAAAUGUAUUACAAUAAUAAAAAUUCUUUUUGUAAUAUAGAAUUUAUAUUUAUCUAUUGAAACGGCAGGGCAACUUUU